AUGUCAAGUGAAGAGGAAGUACUAUUAUCUAGUUUAUUCUUUUAGAAAAUGAAAUAAUUGUAAGCCCUUCCAAUUAGAAAUUACUUGGAUCAAACUGUAGUGCCACUUCUACUACAGGCCAUGACUGAAGUAGCAAAAGUGAGACCUCCUAAUCCCAUUGAAUUUAUAGCUAACUAUUUGCUCUAGAAUAACCCAGAAAAAGCUCAAGCAAGGUAAUAAUGA